AUGCAGUUCACAACAGCAAUCUUCACCUCCCUCGCCCUCGCGCUCUCCGCCAGAGCCGACCAGGCGAUUUGCUUCCCUCUUCCCGGCCAGCCCCAAACCAUUCCGCAAAACAUCCUAGACCUCGACGUGUCAAUCAAGCUCAACUGGGCCGCCACCCUUUGCUCCCAGCUGGUCUUCCCAUCUCCAACCGAUCAAGGAAACGGUAUUCAAUCCGCUACAACUGCGCUCACCGACGGUAUCUUGGGAGAUGACGGCAAGCUCUACGGCCUCGAGGUGGCUCUCCACGCCAUCCGAACCGAGGACAACUGCAACGUCAACGCCAACGCCAUGCUCGGAAGUGCCAGCUGCCCAGGUGGUGGUCUCUUGACUCUGAGCACUCCUUUUGAGCAGUGGUCGUACAUCACCGCUCUCAACUAA